CUCUCUGCUGGACGUUCUGCUGCUUCAAUUAGUGCGUCACAAAUGGAACUGCCUCGUUGUGCAUGAAGGGGAAGGCCAGGUCUGGUUUGCAGAUUUGUCAACUCUAACAAGGGACAGUACAGCAGUCUGUACCUCUCAUGAAAUCAAGUUGUGAAAAUGGUGUUGGAAUCUAAUCAUCAAAUCUUGUGCAUCCUGUUUGUGGUUGAUGCACCACUGUCGCAGUAACCUUGAGACAAUCUGGACGAUCAGCCGAAAGCUGGGUAAUUGUGGAGUUCGGUAUGGAGACUUGGCAGUCAGAUUUUUUGAGGAGCCGUAGAAGUAAAUGUAGACAGUUGUGAGUCGAUAUGAAGAGCAAAAGUGUGAAACUUGUAUAACCUUAGAUGGGUUUGUUGGAGGAUUUGGGUUUUUUGGAGACGUGUUUGAGCGAAGUCCCGACAGAGAAAUUGGACCUGAUCGCUGACGAACAGCAAGAUCAACAAGGGCGAGGGCAACGAUAUUGAUGAGAGUGACCGAUCGGCACCUAGCUGUAUGAGUACGUGUUGCAAGCGUUGUUCUUAUGGAGCAAGGAGGAAACAGGGAUAGGGAGGGGCUCAGAGAAAUUAGAAGUUAAUGGAGAGCGUGCAAAUCCUGGAAGAGGAGUGGUUUGCUGCAAGUGGAAAUUGAUGGAGGAAUCUUGGAGUAAAGGAGGGGAACGAGUUGCUGUGAGAGUGGAAUUGGACGCAAUUCCAUUGAAGGAUGCUCCUAUACCACCCUGUCGACUGCAGUCGAUUGCCAUCUGCAAAGGGAGUGAUGAUUCUUUUGUUCUGUAUGUUGGAACAGAAAGUGGGCACGUCCUGCGGUAUGCUCUAUCUUCCCCAAUUUCUGUUGAUUCAUCUUCAAAUUCCCCCAGUCAGACCCCUCCCCAACAGUUGUCAACGCAGCAUUUACCUCCCCCACCUCCAUUGUCACUCCCACCCGCGCCCACCCCCUUGAAAGGUCCACUUACAGCAGCUAGCUCUUUAAUUGACAUACCUCAAAAUUCCAGCGGUGAACUGUCACCUCCGAGGGUACAUGGUUCCUCUCCUUCGAAUGAUCUCUUUUCUGUCGAUCAUCUUGUGGGCUCUCCGGCCUUAUCGUCCCCAGGUGCUCCAUUCUCUCCUCCUGUACGGGGUAUAAAAGCACACGGACGUUCUCAAAAUGGUACCCUGUCAGGACAUUCGCCUUCGCACUCACCAUUGAGACAAUCUUCACAAUUUCUGCCGCCUCACACCCGACCUGUGUCCGCUAGUUCCUCCUCGAACCGGCCCUCCUCUGCUCCACAAGCUUCGUCAUCUUCUUCUCGUGGAGUGCAUGCAUCUUCUCCAUCUCAAUCUGGGCAGUAUGUAAAUCAUCCAACAUCAGGAGCACGGCCCUUGAGCUCACCUUCUUCACCCAUGUUGGGGGCAUUGCCAUCAAAUUGCUCACCUUUCAGUUUUUCCUCUCCUCAAAUAUCGUCGUUGUCUGGAGAGCAUGAAAAUGGGUCCUCUGUAAAUUCUCCUUAUGCCCGUCCUUCUUCCCCAAUAUUCUCUGCCUCUUCAAUUUUAGACCCACGGGCAGCUUACAAGCCUAGCUUAGAGAUGACACUAACAUUGUGCAAACACGUGAGCAAACAUCCGAUAGAAUCACUUUGCGCUCUCCCUGAAUGUGGCCGGAUAGCAUUUCUCUCGGACGGGCAAAUUUCUCUGCUUGGUUCUGAAUCCCUGAAUGUCGUUGAUCGACUCAAUAUCACCAAAGGGGCCGUAACUUUAGCCAGAGGUCUUCCUACCUCUUUUUCAUCCCUAUCAGAUUCUUUAUUUCCUUCUUCGAGGGAUGUGGAUGUCACGCAAAAGUCAAGGGCAAUUGUAAUUAGGAAUGAAAUGACCAUGAAAAGUCUUUUUGGGCGAGGAAAGAUUUCUUCCCGUCUCGGUGGAUUAGUGGGCGGUCUUGGAGAAGCCUUCGCUACGGGAAAAGGUGAAGUGGCAGGUAGAAUAAGCAGCAGAUCGGGCAGAUUAGGAGCUCAAGUGUCACAAACACAAACAGGAGUUAGGGUCUCCCAGACCUUUGCGAGACUGGCUGUUGCCUUGAGGAAGAAAGUAAUUCUUUUUGAGAUUCGUCCUGUAGAACAGGAUUGGAUCGAUAGACGGGAAAACUUGGUUAAAGAUGAUUCCAAUAACUCGGCAGUGGUGAAAGUCAGAGAAUUGACAGGGAUAGAAGGUAUAGUCACCAUGGCAUGGCUCGGAGAUGUAAUCAUAGCUGGCACAAGGCAGGAAUAUCUGUUGAUAUCUCUCGCCACUGGGCUACCAACACACCUUUUUUCUCUACCACAGGAACUCUCUUGGCGACCUUUACUUAAGGCGUUUCCAAAAGAUCGACAGGCUCUUCUCCUCAUCGAUAAUGCAGGCAUUCCAAUCAACACAGAAGGUCAUCCUGCAGGGGGCAGCUUGCAAUUUCAAAUGGUUCCAGAUGGUAUAGGAUUUAGUACUCCAUAUGUUGUGGUCGUCAAGCAAGGAGUGGUGGAGCUUUAUCAUCAUAAAACAGGUACAAAGAUGCAGUCUUUGUCUCUUCUGGACGCGGGUAAAGGCAAGAGCCUAGUUGCCGACGAUGAUGAUGGGCAGUAUGUUGUCAUUGCCAACUCCUUCAAGGUCUGGUGUCUACGGCAAGUUCCUUUGGAAGAACAAUUGAAGGAGCUCCUGAAAAAUAAAUCAUACAGUGAUGCGAUCAGGUUAGCGGAAGAUUCCCAGGUUGAAGGAGGAGAAGAAAAGACUAAGUUUUGGUUGUCAAUGGUCCAUGCUGAAACAGGGUUUCUCCAUCUCUUUGACUUGCAUUUUAAGGAAGCCAUGGACCACUUUCUACUCUCCGAUAUUUUGGAGCCUGCAGAAUUAUUCCCCUUUUUUCCCUCUAUGACAUCACGUUGGCGAGCCAUGGUUCCUCGAAAACGGUAUUGGGGAUUGCAUCCACCUCCUCAACCGAUGGUCAUGGUUAUCGAGAGUGGCUUACUUGCAAUUAAAAGUGGCUUACUGGCUCAGACCCAACUGCUUGGAGGUGAUGGAUCAAAAUCUGAAGAUCUAUACCUGGGAACAAAGUCAGGGAAAGAUGCUCUCGUUGAACGUUAUCUAAUUCUCGCCAUGCAAAACGUUGCGAGAUAUCUUAAUAUGGUUCGGGAGGAGGAGUUAAAAGCAUUGGAGAAGGAGGCUGUCGAUACAUUUCUCAUGAAGCUCUACACCGAACUACAUGCUACAAGUGAACUUGAGGAAUUGGCUUCUUCGUCCAAUAGAUGCGUCCUGGAAGAGGUGGAGAAUCUGCUCAAAGGUGCAGGGCAACUUCGGGCACUUGCUUUGUUGUACGAGAGCAAGAAACUCUGGAAUUUGGCCUUGCAAGUUUGGCAAACUUUGGCACACACACCAUAUAAUUCAUGGGGAAGUGCGAACCAUCAAGUGGGAAACUUGAGUUACAGGCAAGUGGCAGCAGCUACAGAAGCUGCGCGUUUACUAGAGGAGUCAUCUGACAGCAAGCUAGUCUUACUGCAUUUGAGUUGGAUCUUAAAACUUGACCAAAACCUAGCAUUAAAUGUGCUAACAUCAUCGAAGCGAGAAGAUCCCCUCCCUGCAGAGGAUGCACUAGAACUUUUGAAGGCUCAUGGAGGCAUUGUGCAGCAAAGGUACUUGCUUUGGUUAGUAAGAGAGCAAGGGUCAGAAGAUCCCCAUUACCAUACAGAACUAGCUCUUUCUCUCGCAAAAUCUGCUUUAGGUGCACUUGGGGAGAAUAUUGGUCAUAUGGAAGACAGCGGAAGUACAGCAUCAUCAUCAAGACAAGCCCAUCUAAGUCACACUAGACAUGAGUGUCCUCAAACACAGCUGGACGCUAGCGUAUCUCCAUCGUCCUUGGCCAUGAUUAACAAUCCUCGAGAGCAACUACUUACUUUCUUGGAGUCUUCAGAUCAUUAUGACGCCAAAGCUGUGUUAGAUCACAUUCAAGAGUCAGAACUUUGGAAAGAGCAGUUUGUGUUACACCGGAAGCUCGGUGACGAACUAUCAGCACUACGAACAUUGGCAUUGAAGCUUGAAGAUAGCGAGGCAGCAGAACAAUACUGUGCAGAAAUUGGGAGGCCAGAUAUUUACUCGGAGUUGAUGAACAUGUAUUUGAAUCCCGGAGAAGGAAGGGUUGCGAUGCACCGAGCAGCUGUCAGCUUACUUCACUGUCCUGGAGCAUACCUUGACCCGAUGCAACUUUUGAAGGCACUAACACUCGACAUGCCCCUCAGCUUGGCGUCUGAAACUAUCUCACAAAUGUUAGUCUCUCGUGUCCACCGUCAUCGUCAAGGCCAGAUUGUCAGGCAAAUGAACCGGAAAGAGAAUCUGGAGGCAAGAAUUGCUCGUGUCGAGGAGAGAUCAAGGCAUGUCUGUAUUACAGCGGAUACAGUUUGCGGGUCUUGUAACGCCCGGAUUGGGACCAAACUAUUUGCCCUUUAUCCAAACGAUAUGAUAUUCUGCUACAAGUGUUUGCGUCAAUAUGGAGAGCGAAUGCAUCCGGCCAUCCAUCGCUAAUUUGACUGGUUUCCAAGUCAGUGACGAUAGCCCGAUGCCACGUUUCUCUAUCUACCACUGAACCAAUCAAUCUCCUGCUGAAGAGAGAAAUCCUGUGCCUAUCUGUUUAUGAAGGAGCCUUAGUUUUAUAGAUUAAAAAUGUCAAAGAUAGUAGGAGCUUUAGCGAGAUCCUUGAUUUAUUCAUAGAUGACCGCAAAGGUCUGUCACUUCUGUAUCAUUUCUGGUGCUCCUUUAGACAGGAAAUGAAAUAUCAAGUUGGGUUACCCGCAUACUUUGUUGACAUAACAGAGCCCUCGAGAAGGGAUGUCGAUAUACGGUCAGCAGCCUGUUUCAUCUGUUGACGUUCUGAUCAAAGCAAAGAAGUUCGAUUCAUUGACCUAAUGCGAGAAAUGAGUACAUGGAGUGUAAAUUACUUUAACCUUGUUUUUGUCUGAUGCCCAUAAUCUUGUCUGUAAAUGGUCAUCAUUGUCUUAUAAUGCCAUCUUGCCAGUUACUGUCCUUG